GGUCUGGCUGCUUGUGCCUUGGUCUUCUCCCGGUAGCCCAGCUCAGCGGCUUUUCCCUGUCUGUCGUGAUUCAUUUCAGGAACAUCUUUGCAGGGACAUUUAUUUUCGAGUUGGGAGCCUUUGGAGUCAACUCUGAGAGCUCGCUAUUAAGAGUUAUAACGGUUGAGGCAGUGUUAAACUUGCAGAAGGACAGCAUCGGGCUUAUACUUCCUGACAGAGGCUGAACUGCAGGCAAACUUCACCUGGGCCUUUAGCUUGUCUGGAUGAGAUUUCGGCUUUGGCUCUCCCAGAGUCAUGCAAGCUCCGGGUUCUCGCUUGUAGGAAGCCAACUUCUGGGAGGCAGACAGGAUGGCUAGCUCGGCUCGGGAGCAUCUGCUUUUCGUGCGGCGUCGAAACCCUCAGAUGCGGUACACUCUGAGCCCGGAGAACCUCCAGAGCCUGGCCGCCCAGAGCGCCAUGCCUGAGAACAUGACCCUGCAGCGAGCCAACAGUGACACGGACCUGGUGACUUCCGAGAGCCGUUCCAGCCUGACUGCCAGCAUGUAUGAGUACACACUGGGGCAAGCCCAGCACCUCAUUAUCUUCUGGGACAUUAAGGAGGAGGUGGACCCCAGCGAUUGGAUUGGACUUUAUCACAUAGAUGAGAAUUCUCCAGCCAACUUCUGGGAUUCUAAAAAUAGAGGUGUGACUGGAACACAAAAAGGACAAAUCGUUUGGCGGAUUGAACCUGGGCCCUACUUCAUGGAACCGGAGAUAAAAAUCUGCUUUAAGUACUACCACGGCAUUAGCGGCGCCCUGCGAGCCACCACCCCCUGCAUCACGGUGAAGAACCCAGCGGUGAUGAUGGGGGCAGAAGGCAUGGACGGGGGUGCUUCAGGAAAUCUACAUUCCAGGAAACUUGUCAGCUUUACAUUGUCAGACCUUAGGGCAGUUGGGCUCAAGAAAGGGAUGUUCUUCAAUCCUGACCCUUACCUUAAGAUGUCCAUUCAGCCAGGGAAGAAGAGCAGCUUCCCCACUUGUGCCCACCAUGGGCAGGAGAGAAGGUCUACCAUCAUCAGUAACACCACCAACCCAAUCUGGCACCGAGAGAAAUAUUCAUUUUUUGCACUGUUAACUGAUGUUUUGGAAAUUGAAAUUAAAGACAAAUUUGCCAAGAGCCGUCCAAUCAUCAAGCGUUUCCUGGGGAAACUCACCAUUCCCGUCCAGAGGCUGCUGGAGCGGCAAGCCAUCGGUGACCAAAUGCUGAGCUACAACCUUGGCAGAAGGCUCCCAGCUGACCAUGUGAGCGGCUACCUCCAGUUUAAAGUAGAAGUCACGUCUUCCGUGCAUGAAGAUGCAUCUCCGGAAGCUGUUGGCACCAUUCUCGGAGUCAACGCUGUGAAUGGAGACCUGGGAAGCCCCUCUGAUGAUGAGGACAUGCCAGGGAGUCAUCAUGACAGCCCACUUUGUGCCAAUGGGCCAGUGUCUGAGGACAGUACUGCUGAUAGGACCCCCAAACAUUCUUUCAGGACUAGCUCUACUCUGGAAAUGGACAGCGAGGACUUAGCCUCUACCUCCUCAAGGACCUCACCUCCCAGAGGCCGUCAGGAUUCCCUCAAUGACUACUUAGAUACUCUCGAAUACAAUGGCCCCUCUAGGCCUGGGCCAGCAACCUCCUCAGAGCGGCCCAUGGGAGCCUCUCCAAAACUGCGGAGUAGUUUUCCCACUGACACAAGACUCAACGCAAUGCUGCAUAUUGACUCCGACGAAGAAGACCAUGAGUUCCAGCAAGACUUAGGUUACCCAUCUUCCUUGGAGGAGGAAGGUGGGCUGAUCAUGUACAGUGGAGCAUCAAGAAUGGAUGAUGGGAGCUUGACCUCUCAGAUAAAGCCAGAAGAUGACAACCCAGGUGAGAAUGAAGAUACCUCCAUGCAAGAAGUCACUUCCUUUGAUGAGAAGCCAGAGAACCUUCCAGAGCUUGCAGAUGGCUCUUUGCCUUCAGUCCCAGGUGCAGAUGAAAUUGAGACUAACCCGGAACUCCAACCCAGCGCUGACCAGGGCAGUGCCGAGUCGUGCGGUUCUCAGGAGGUAGAUCAGCCGGCCAGCGGGGCAGACACAGCCACUUCAGACACAUCUGGAGGGAGCCGCCGAGCUGCCAGUGAGACUGAGUCCUUGGAUCAGGGGUCUGAACCUUCGCAGGUGUCCUCAGAGACAGAACCCAGCGACCCUGGCAGGACAGAAAGUGUGAGUGAGGCCAGCACCAGGCCCGAGGGAGAGAGCGACCUGGAAGGCGCCGACAGCUCCUGUAAUGAGAGUGUGGCCACUCAGCUGUCCUCUGUGGACACGCGGUGCUCGUCUCUGGAGAGUGCACGGUUUCCUGAAACCCCGGCCUUUUCUUCUCAGGAGGACGAAGAAGGGGCCUGUGCAGCCGAGCCCACCAGCAGCAGCCCUGCUGAGGGGUCGCAGGAUUCUAUAUGUGCUCCGGGUUCUUUACCUGUGAUUCAGGUGCCUAGCGGGGAGGAGGAAGGGCCAGGGGCUGGAUCGGCUGCUUUACCUGAGCAGGAGGAGUUGGGGGAAGUCUGGCAGCGGAGGGGGAGCCUGGAGGGCGCUACUGCUGCUGCCGCUGCUGCUGCCCCUGAGAGCCAGCCCCAAGAAGACGGUGAUGCUGGGGAUGCCCAAGGUGCCGCCUGCGAAGGAGCCACUGCCCAGGAGGAGGGUGCCCCUGGAGGUUCUCAAGCCAAUGGCCACCAGCCCUUGCGGUCACUACCUUCUGUGCGCCAGGAUGUCAGCCGGUACCAGAGGGUGGAUGAGGCUCUCCCACCAAACUGGGAGGCGCGCAUCGACAGCCACGGCAGGAUCUUCUACGUGGACCACGUAAACAGAACCACGACGUGGCAGCGGCCAACAGCGCCUCCGGCCCCACAGGUGCUGCAGAGAUCUAACUCCAUCCAGCAAAUGGAGCAGCUGAACCGGCGUUAUCAGAGCAUCCGCAGGACCAUGACUAAUGAGAGGCCAGAAGAAAACACCAGUGCUAUUGAUGGGGCCGGGGAGGAAGCCGACUUUCACCAAGCCAGUGCAGAUUUCCGACGGGAGAACGUGCUGCCCCACUCUACCUCCAGAUCCAGGCUCACGUUGCUGUUACAGUCGCCCCCCGUGAAGUUCCUCAUCAGCCCAGAGUUCUUCACCGUGCUGCAUUCUAACCCUAGUGCCUACCGCAUGUUUACAAACAACACGUGUUUAAAGCACAUGAUCACCAAAGUCCGGCGGGACACCCACCACUUUGAGCGCUACCAGCAUAACCGGGACCUUGUGGGAUUCCUCAACAUGUUCGCCAAUAAACAACUGGAGCUGCCGAGAGGCUGGGAGAUGAAACACGAUCAUCAGGGCAAGGCGUUUUUCGUCGACCACAACUCCCGAACCACCACUUUCAUCGACCCUCGGCUCCCUCUGCAGAGCAGUAGACCCACCAGCGCCCUGGUUCACCGGCAGCACCUGACGAGACAGCGCAGCCAUAGUGCUGGUGAGGUAGGAGAAGAUUCUCGGCAUUCAGGACCACCAGUUCUCCCCAGACCGUCCAGUACAUUCAAUACAGUCAGUAGGCCACAGUAUCAGGACAUGGUUCCAGUGGCCUAUAAUGAUAAGAUUGUUGCAUUUCUGCGCCAACCCAACAUCUUUGAAAUUCUACAGGAGCGCCAACCUGAUCUUACCAGGAAUCACUCACUCAGGGAGAAGAUACAAUUUAUCCGAACUGAAGGAACCCCUGGAUUGGUGCGCCUUUCAAGUGAUGCAGACCUUGUUAUGUUGUUGAGUUUAUUUGAAGAAGAGAUAAUGUCAUAUGUGCCUCCACAUGCCUUACUCCACCCCAGCUAUUGUCAGUCUCCACGUGGCUCCCCUGUGUCAUCUCCCCAGAACUCACCAGGUACACAACGUGCCAAUGCCCGUGCUCCAGCCCCUUACAAGAGAGAUUUUGAGGCCAAACUAAGGAACUUUUACAGGAAGUUAGAGACUAAAGGAUAUGGACAAGGCCCAGGGAAAUUAAAGUUAAUCAUCCGAAGAGAUCACUUGCUGGAAGAUGCUUUUAAUCAGAUUAUGGGCUACUCCAGAAAAGACCUACAGAGAAAUAAGCUGUAUGUCACUUUCGUCGGGGAGGAAGGGCUGGAUUACAGUGGGCCUUCUAGAGAGUUUUUCUUCCUGGUAUCAAGAGAACUCUUUAACCCCUAUUAUGGCUUAUUUGAAUAUUCAGCCAAUGACACAUACACGGUACAAAUAAGUCCCAUGUCUGCAUUUGUAGACAAUCACCAUGAAUGGUUCCGUUUCAGCGGUAGGAUCCUUGGUCUUGCACUCAUACACCAGUAUUUGUUGGAUGCUUUCUUCACACGGCCCUUUUACAAGGCACUUCUCAGAAUUCUGUGUGACCUGAGUGAUCUAGAAUACCUUGAUGAGGAGUUCCACCAGAGCCUUCAGUGGAUGAAAGACAAUGACAUCCAUGACAUCCUAGAUCUCACGUUCACUGUAAAUGAAGAAGUUUUUGGACAGAUUACUGAACGAGAAUUGAAACCAGGGGGUGCCAAUAUCCCGGUCACAGAGAAGAACAAGAAGGAAUACAUUGAGAGGAUGGUGAAGUGGAGGAUCGAGAGGGGUGUGGUGCAGCAAACAGAGAGCUUAGUGCGUGGCUUCUAUGAGGUAGUGGACGCCAGGCUGGUCUCUGUUUUUGAUGCAAGGGAACUGGAGCUGGUCAUCGCAGGCACUGCGGAAAUAGACCUCAGUGAUUGGAGAAACAACACAGAAUACAGAGGAGGAUACCAUGACAAUCACAUUGUAAUUCGGUGGUUUUGGGCUGCGGUGGAAAGAUUCAACAAUGAACAACGGCUAAGAUUGUUACAGUUUGUUACAGGCACAUCAAGCAUUCCCUAUGAAGGAUUUGCUUCUCUCCGAGGAAGCAACGGCCCAAGAAGGUUCUGUGUGGAGAAAUGGGGAAAAAUCACUGCUCUUCCCAGAGCACACACUUGUUUUAACCGUCUGGAUCUUCCUCCAUACCCAUCCUUCUCCAUGCUUUAUGAAAAACUCUUGACAGCAGUUGAGGAGACCAGUACGUUUGGACUUGAGUAACCUGGACGCAUAAUGCUCAGUUCUUCAUGGGUCCAGAAUCCAACCUCAGAAGAGCGACAGGACAAGGAAGUCUCAAGCCUAGGCUUCCAUCGCAGAAAGGCUGAGCACUCUUUUCCAGGAACAUAUACUCUUACGUGUGCGGACCAGCAAUGAGUCCUCUUGAGAGGAUGUGGAUGAGCUUGAUGCCCAGGGAACAACCCAACCGUCUUUCAAUCAACAGUUCUUGACUGCCAAACUCUUUCCAUUUGUUGUGUUCAAGACAAAGAUGAACCUCUCCAUGCUUAACUCCAUGGUAAUUUUUAGGAACUUGGGAGAAUCUUGAAAUUUUUCCCUUGAACGUGAUUCAAGCCAAACUGGCAGCACUUGGCCCCAUCUCCAAAUUAGUGCAAGUUCAAUAAUAUAAUAAAAACAAAUAUAUUUCCUGAAAGUACAUUCAUUUAAACCCUGAGUUAUAACAGAAUAUUCAUUUCUUGAUUAUGAGUGCCUGCAUGGUGUGCACUAUAGGUUUCAGCUUUCAUGGGACAUGAGUGAAAAAUGAAACCAUCAAUAUGAGGUAACUUUCAAAGAUUUGCAAUAAGGUGGUCUGUGACAAUGUAUAUGCAAGUGGUAUGUGUGUAAUUAUGAUUGAAGACAAAUUGUUAUUCAAUGAGUUACUAAUGACAGAUUUUAUGCUUUAUAAUGCAUGAAAAACAGUUUUAAAAUAACUAGCAAUUACUCACAGCAUAUCAGGAAAAUGUACACAGUGAGUUCUGCUUAUUUUUUAUAGGUUCAUUAUGUUUACGUUCCUUAAGAUGUAUAUAAGAACCUACCUACCGUGCUACAUGUGGCCCCUCUCCGUUUCCAUGUUCCAUGCUUAUUCGGGCAUCAGGCUAGGAUGUCUCCUUCUAAGCACUCUCAAGGGAGCAAAAGGGCCUUUUAUUUUUAUAAAGGCUAAAAAAUUCCCCCAACUAGUUUGCACUGAAUGUACCAAAGUUGAAAGGACAUUACAAUAUGACUAAGAGCAAGUCCGUCCCUUGACGAGUGUAAGAGAAAGUGGCUCCUAAAUGAAAGUAGCUUCACAGUGCCAUGCCAUCUACUACAAGGACUGUGCGUCUAAGUAAUAAUUUCCUAAGACUCACUCUAUGUGAUAGUGUGAUGUGCAUUUAUUUAAAAUGCAUUAGACUCUCUUCCAUCCAUCAAAUACUUUACAGGAUGGCAUUUAUUACAGAGAUUUCGUAUUCCCCCACUCUGCUUUUUAUUUGUACAGCACCAUUAAACACUGAGCUCAGUUAGGGACUCAUCAGCAUUACUAAAGAGAUUAGCUCUCUCUUUACUAUUUAGAAUUCCAUUUUCCUCCAUCAAUGAAGAUAUCACAAAUUGAAACUCUCAGUACUAUAUUUCUAAGCCUGCAUUUUCACUGAUGCAUAAUUUUCGUAUUAAUAUCAAGAAAAAUUUUUCUAUAGUAUCUCAAAAAAAAACCUGCAUGACAUCACCAACUUACUUCUUACUUUUGUGAAAGGGCAUCCUUCAUUUUAAUUGCUUUUGGGACUGUUCCACACCAUUGUUUCUUCCUUGAUUUAUGUCCACAACUAAUCAGAUGCACAAUUCAGUGAAAUUAAAUGGAAGGUGGUGAAAGCACUGGAUUAACAUUUCCCUUGCCAGCCUGAGGGUUUGCAGGCAUUGUGUACAUUUCUUUGAGAAUCCUGUCGAUAAAUAGCCUUGGAAUUCCUAUUGUGGGAUGUUGGCAACUUUACACUUUAUAGAAUCAUGUGCACAGUUUUCAUGGGUGUUUGUAAGAACAAUUGCUCUCCUGUUACUGAAGCAGUAUUGUCAGUUGGGAUACUCAGGAGAAAUGACACUCAUACCCCCACUCAUUCCUGCACUAAAGGUGGGUAUUGAGGUGUAAGGAAAUUUUCUAGAAAAAAAAAAAGCAGAGAAAUAUUACAGAAAAGAAAUAUUUAUUUGCAUACCAUAA